ACAACAGCUCGAGGAACUACUACAAUAAACAGUCAACUCAAAUCCCAAACUAAUCAGCGCCCAGAACCAAACAAAAAUGACAUCUAAAAAGCAAAGUUUGCUGAGAGAAGCGUCUCAUCAGAUCAUUGCGGGAGGUUCAGCAGGUCUUGUGGAGAUUUGUUUGAUGCACCCUUUGGAUGUUGUGAAGACCAGGUUUCAAAUACAACGAUGGAAGAGUGACCCAAAUAGCUAUAAAGGCCUUGGAGACUGUUUCAGAACUAUAUUUCGCACUGAAGGGGUCUAUGGCUUCUACAAGGGAAUCCUUCCCCCCAUUUUGGCCGAGACCCCAAAAAGAGCAGUGAAGUUUUUUACCUUUGAGCAGUACAAGAAGCUGUUGAGCUUUACUUCUUUAUCGCCCGGCAUGGCUCUGUCUGUGGCUGGCCUGGGGUCAGGGUUAACCGAGGCACUGGUUGUAAAUCCAUUUGAAGUAGUGAAAGUGAGCCUACAGGCCAACAGGGAUUCAUUCAAAGUGCAACCCUCUACUUUUGCACAGGCCAGAAAUAUUAUAAACACAGACGGCUUUGGUCUCCGUGGGCUUAAUAAGGGCCUGACCUCCACGCUAGGACGGCACGGCGUCUUCAACAUGAUCUACUUUGGUUUCUACUUUAAUGUUAAGGAUGCCAUUCCUGCGAGUCAGGACCCUCGGCUGGAGUUCAUGAGAAAGUUUGCCAUUGGUUUGGUGUCGGGAACGGUUUCAUCCUGCGUGAACAUUCCUUUCGAUGUGGCUAAAAGUCGAAUCCAGGGUCCUCAGCCUGUUCCAGGAGAGAUCAAGUACCGCAGCUGCUUUCAGAGCAUGGCACUGGUGUACCGUGAGGAGGGAUAUCUUGCCUUAUACAAAGGACUGAUUCCCAAGAUAAUGAGACUUGGACCAGGAGGCGCAGUCAUGCUGCUGGUUUAUGAAUACAUGUCAGGCUGGCUACAGAAGAACUGGUGAUCUUCAACAAUCUGUACUCCAGGUCUUUCAGACAGAACGCCAUACCUAACCCAAACAAUCACACUACUAGUGCAUUUAAUAACCACACUUCCUCAGACAUGGCACGUUGGCUCUCCACGACAGCAUCGUUACUCCCUGGAUCAACCUUACAUUCCUACUUUUGUUUAUAUAUCACAGAACACAACUAUUGAGACAUUCAAGAGUCACCUGUCCACAUGCCUGCAUAUGCAAUAGGAACCGCACACCCUAUACCAAAUACAAACAGCAGCUCGCUUUUAACUCAAAUUUAGAAAAUAUCUGACUGAGCAUGACUGAAGCCUGACGGACGCUAUCUUUAGCUGGCAACCAUUAGACUAGGAUUUAGUAAAUCUGUGCUUUAAGCACUUGGAUAUCAAAGUUUCAAAUCCAGAAUGCAAACAGAUUUUUUUAUUUAGAUAAGAAGGUUGAAAUUGUGUUAAAAAGAUAGUUGCCCCCAACACCCCCCACCCGACCCAAAAAAAUAUAUAUAUAUAUACAAUUUCUCAGUUUUCUCUUCCUCAAGUAUUUUCAAACUUUUAUAUUUUCUGGUGAAAACAAAUGAAGCCAUACAAAUACACAGUAGGAAUGAAAUUAUUAUGGAAAGUGAAUGGCUACUGGUUUUCAGCAUUUUUUUUAAAUACCUGUGUGUUGUGUGUGUUUAACAGAAAAAAAGAGGCUCAGAGAGGUUUAUUUGGCUGAACUAUCCCUUUAAGCAUAUCUUACUCAGGCAAAGGGGUAUUAAUAAAUUUUGUAACUAUAUGAAAUGUCUGGUAAAUUUUGGCUCAAGCAGGAAUUGAUUUAUGAGUAAUCAAACUCAACGGAAGUUUUCUGGGAUUUCAAAAUCAUUUUGGGAUAAACAGUGAUUGUUAAAACAGCAAUUAAGAUCUCCCAAUCUCCAAAGAGGUUAAAACAGUUCAUUUAAUGGCUGUAUUUUGCUAAUAAAUGCUCCUGAACUACAA